UGAUUCAAUUUCCGUCAUCCAAUGCGCAUGCGUUCCAAGUGACCUCAGCUUGUCGGCGCAGAGGCGAAGCACGCUUUUUGGCUCUCAUUUACGCAAGCCGGUGUGAUAUCAGAAAACACCACGGUAAAAACACACGGGACCGGCUUGCGGCAUAAACGCUGCGGUUAUUUUCGCACCAGUGUUUAUAUCAUUUUGGUGUUGUUGAUUUAACUUCUUAAUGGCUGGAAUCGAGGAGCUGUCUCCUGCCGCAGGCCCUGCUGAGACUCGGGCCCCCGAAGACGAAAUCGAAGGAGAUGAUGAGGACGAGGAGCUGGACGAAACGCUUUCGGAGAGGCUGUGGGGACUGACCGAGAUGUUCCCGGACAAACUGCGCUCGGCGGCAGAAGUGUCCAUGAGCUGCUCAGUGUCCGUAGCUAAGAAAAUGUACAGCUUCACGCGCUCUGCUCUUUGGGUGGGCACCACCUCCUUCAUGAUCCUGGUGCUGCCCGUGGUUUUUGAGACAGAGAGGCUGCAACUGGAGCAGCAGCAGCUACAGCAGCAGAGACAGAUCCUGUUGGGACCCAACACGGGUAUGUCAGGUGGAAUGGCAGGGAUGAUGCCUCCUGUUCCAGGGAAGAUGUGAUGAAGAGCUCCUUCUGUCAACCCUUGAGCUACAAGGAGUGAAGGGGAGACGGGGGAAGUGAUGGAGGAGGAGGUGAACGGCGGAGAGGAGAGAGGAAACUGCAGUGGGUUAGCACACACAAGCUCAUUCCAUAACUGGAGGUCGGGGUGUGCAAGGAAGGGGCUAUCCUCUUCUGGACUGCCGACUACCACUGUUCAUGCAAGCCAACCUCUCUCUCGCUGCCUCUUGCAGACAACAUCUUGCAGAGACUGACUUCUAACCGCUGUCCUUUUUUUAUAGAUAUAUACAUAUGUAUGUGUUUCAAGGGGUAGGGAAAGGAUGUGUCAUAAAGGGUUUUUUGGGGUUAUCAGAGUAUGUGGGCGUUAAUGUUUUUUAAAAAAUAAAAGGCUAUACAAUUUGACAUUUAAAUUUUGGAGCCCGGUGGCUGUCCAUUGUGAUUUUGCUUUCUCGGUAAGCCAACCACCACAGGGGGGGGGUUGAGGACUGUUCUGAUUUACAUGCAUGUUGAGUGGAAAUGCAGUCUGAUGUGUUACGGAGGUACAGUUUUUACCGCACAAUGAAUUGCUAUUUGAUCCUAGACUUUGAGUUACUGUUUCUGACACUUCAGGUAAUUUUGGGGAACAACACUAAAAGUCAAGUCUAUUGCACCAGGAAUUUUACAGCACAUUCCCCGCAUAUAUUGUGUAAAUGUAAACACAAUGACCCUCUGCCUGAGAGAAUGCAUCUGUUAACAUUUUUUUCUUUGCACCCAUCCCUUUUACCUUUGCACCCUCUUACCCUUUUCGCCUAAGCAAGUCCUGUCGCUCUGACAUGACUGGAGGAAUAAAAAUCAUUGAAAUGAUGGUCCAUA